UCAGGAACCCAUAGUGUUUACCCGUAUUUAACUAGGUAAAAAACGUCAAUGAUUUGACAUUACCCAAAUACCAUUCUUAAAGUCAGAUGCCGUAGAUAUUUUUUCGGGCUACAAAUUGACUAUUCAAAAAAAUGUUACCAUCCCACAAUGUAAAUGCCAUCAAAAGUUCCGUAAAAAGAAGAUUUUUUAAUAGGAACAUCUCUAUUCACUCACCUUGUCUGGAAAAAGCCACCGAUCCAAUUCAACAACUGUUUAUUGAUAAAAUUAGAGAAUAUAGGGUCAAAAGCAACGGAGGUAAAAACCUAGUUGAACCAACUAAAGAGCUGCAAGAUCAGUUAAGGACUCAAUUAAGAAGUAUAACAAAACAAUAUCAGUCAGGUAAGAAAAAAAUAGAUUUGAACAAAUUCCCUACAUUCAAAUGGGUAGAUCCUAAAAUAGACUCAAUUUUUCUUGAACCUGAACCUCAACCAGGGAAAAAAGUAGAAACUAAAACUGAAACGAAAGUGGAAGUGAAAACUGACACAAAAACUGUAGCAAAAACUGAAACAAAACCUGAAGCAAAAACUGAGGCAAAAACUGAAACCAAAACUAAAACCAAAACAGAAACCAAAACAGAAACCAAAACUGAAACCAAAACUGAUACCAAAACUGUAGCAAAAGCUGAAGAAAAAACUGAAGAAAAAAGUAAAACAAAAACUGUAGCAAAAACAGAAAACCAAAAGCAAUCUGAUAAAAAAACAGACGAGGAGAAGAAAAAGAAGUAA